GAGGGAGACAGAGAAUCCCAAGCAGGCUCUGCAGCUAGCUGUCAGUGCAGAGCCCGAUGUGGGGCUUGAACUCACCAACUGAGAUCAUGACCGAGCCAAAACCAAGAGUCUGACGCUUACCUGACUGAGUCACCCAGGCACCCUGAAAUUGAUUCUUUAAAAGGUUGGAUAAUCUCUAUGUCCCCUAAUAUCCCAACUCCUACCCCAUUAAUCAAGGGUCUGGGUCUUGAUUCUAUCAAGAAAUUUCACAAUAAUUAUCAUAAAAACUGAUGCCGCUUUCUGUUUAGUAAGACAAAAGUGGGGAGGAGGGCAGUGAGAAUAACACUUGUAUGUGUGUGGUUGGAUUUUGGAGUUCUGUUGCCUAAUGGCUUAUUCUCAUGGCACUUCUCAUAGGCUUCCUCCAGCCUUUGGGUCUCCGGGUCCCUUAGAAAAAAACAGGGAGGGUGCUGUUGCCAUAUCUAAAAGGGCCAGUACAGCUUACUGGCUACCCAGAAAGUCCUGUGGGUGAUCAGUGACACUUGCUAGCAGUAAGAACUGGCAUUUGAUGAACAAAAAGGCCAUCUCCUGUCCUAUAAGCGCAUGAUACUAAACCACAGCAAGCAUUUUUUUUUAAUGUUUAUUUAUCCUUGAGAGAUAGAGAGAGACAAAGCGCUAGCAGGGGAGGGGCAGAGAGAGAGGGAAACACAGAAUCCAAAGCAGGCUCCAGGCUUCGAGCUGUCAGCACAGAGCCCGACGUGGGGUCCAAAUCCACGAACUGCGAGAUCACAACCCCAGCUGAAGCCGGACGCCCAAGCAACCGAGCCACCCAGGUGCCCCUAAACCACAAUACUGCUGUCCGCACCCUGCAGGGUUUGAGGAGUGUGUAAGGGUGCCAGAGAACAGGAAGGUUCCGAGGCUUCAUCCUGCUACUCACCUUCUUCAUUUAUACCUGUUAUCACAUGUCCAGGAAGCCCAUCAGUGUUGUCAAGAGCCGUCUGCACCAGAACUGCUCGGAGCUGAUCAAGCCCAUUAAUGACAGCCACAGUCUCAACGACACUACGUGGUGCGACUGGGCUCCCUUUGACAAGAACAACUACAAGGAGUUACUGGGGGCCGUGGACAAUGCCUUCCUUGUGGCCUAUGCCAUCGGCAUGUUUAUCAGCGGGAUUUUUGGGGAGCGGCUCCCCCUCCGUUAUUACCUGUCAGCUGGAAUGCUGCUCAGUGGCCUCUUCACCUCGCUCUUUGGCCUAGGAUAUUUCUGGAACAUCCACAUGCUCUGGUACUUUGUGCUCAUCCAGAUCUGUAAUGGGCUUGUCCAGACCACAGGCUGGCCCUCUGUGGUGACCUGCGUUGGCAACUGGUUCGGGAAGGGAAAGCGGGGGCUUAUCAUGGGCAUCUGGAACUCACACACGUCUGUGGGCAACAUCCUGGGCUCCCUGAUUGCUGGCAUCUGGGUGAAUGAGCAGUGGGGCCUGUCGUUUGUGGUGCCUGGCAUCAUCACCGCUGCUAUGGGUGUCAUCACCUUCCUCUUCCUCAUCGAAUACCCCGAAGAUGUGGACUGCACGCCUCCUCAGCACCACACGAGUGAUGGGUUGGAAGAGAACCAGCACAACCCUGAGGACCUUGGGAGUGGUCCGUACACUAACAAGGAGAGCAGCCUGGAGACCCCCGCCAGAUGCUCCAAGGAGCCGAGCGCUCAGCCUGCCGCCAUCAGCUUCCUCGGGGCGCUCCGGAUCCCGGGUGUGGUCGAGUUCUCUUUGUGUCUGCUCUUUGCCAAGCUGGUCAGUUACACCUUCCUCUACUGGCUGCCCCUCUACAUCUUCAAUGUGGCUCAUUUCAAUGCCAAACAGGCUGGGGACCUGUCUACCCUCUUCGAUGUUGGUGGCAUCAUAGGUGGCAUCAUGGCAGGGCUCAUCUCUGACUACACCAAUGGCAGGGCCACCACCUGCUGCAUCAUGCUGAUCUUGGCUGCCCCCAUGAUGUUCCUGUAUAACUUCAUUGGUCAGAGUGGGAUUAUCAACUCCAUAGUAAUGCUGAUCAUCUGUGGGGCCUUGGUCAAUGGCCCUUAUGCGCUCAUCACCACUGCAGUCUCUGCUGACCUGGGAACUCACCAGAGCCUGAAAGGCAACGCAAAGGCACUCUCCACCGUCACGGCCAUCAUCGACGGCACUGGGUCCAUAGGUGCGGCUCUGGGGCCCCUCCUGGCUGGCCUUAUUUCACCCACAGGCUGGAACAAUGUCUUCUACAUGCUCAUCUCUGCUGACAUCCUGGCCUGCUUGCUCCUCUGCCGGUUGGUGUACAAAGAGAUCCUAGCCUGGAAGUCAUCCCUGGGCAGAGACAGAGGGUAUAAAGAAAUAUGAGGCCUUGAUUGGAAGAGAGGCACGGAGGGCCCCAGCUGAUUCCCAAAGAGCUCUCCCCCUCCCGCCACCGGGGGCAAGACUAUGGAAACUGCCAGUGAUGGCUGAUGGAAGCCUCUUGACCUAACACCAGCCAGCCCACAGGGCUGCUAAGGGGCUAGGCGAUUCUCCAUGGGAAGGGACCGCCAACAUGGGGAAUGGAAGACUCAAGGGCCUGCGCUCUGGAAGCCGCAAGCAGAAAGGAUGGGGAUCAGAGCUGAGUGGUGUCUCCAGCUUGCUAAGGGGAGGAUAUGCUCAGACUCUAGCUUGUUCAGAUUCCAAGACCGAAGGCAGAGGCUUGACAUGGACCAAGGCUUGGCAAAGGUGUGUUCUCCUUCCCGUGUUCAGUUUGAACCUCCAUGACCAGCCUGUACCUGUCGGUGGAUUUCCGACCCUGUUUCGGAGCUGCCCAGCCUCACCUGGCUUCUUCAUCCACCAGCCGGUUUUCUCGUGUAUUCCCCCACAUUGGAAACUCUUCUCCCUUGCAUUUGAUCCUGUCUCUAACUCCUGACCUGAGUCGAUUAAAGUGUUACUGCUAUAUCCUCCGGGGCCAGGACUAGGGAGACGCAAGGGAGGUGCCAAUGGUGCAAAAGUUAGGGAGGCAUCACUCUUGGGCUUGGGCCUGGGCCUGCGCCGCCCUGGAGAGUGAAGGCCUCCCUUGCCUCAGUCUCCUGCCAGCCCUCUGCGUCCCCAGGGGAAGAGCAAACACCAGUGCAGUGCUGGGGAGGGAGGGAGGCAUGACUGAAAACACCAGUGUGUGGAUGGUAGUUGCAGAGUGCUCACUGCUUGCUAGCCCUACUCCAGGAACGGAGCAGACGGUGGACACCGAGCAAGGACUUCUGCCCUGAGCACAGGCACCAGCGCAACAAGACUAGCAGGAAAGAAGGCUGCGUGGUUCAUUCCCGCAGCUGUCACAUGUGUAGAUGCCUGGAGCGCUCUGCAGCCUGCCUUUUCUCCCCCAUGUUCCCCAUGUACUUAUCCCAGCCACCCCCCCCCCCCCCCCCCGCCCAAUCCUGGAAUGCUGCCUGCCAGGCCGGCUCUUGGCAUUUCUCCCUGUCCUCUGGAGCCACCCAUCAGCACAGUACAGAUUCCUGUUGCCCACUGUGCCUGUGCUCACCCUCAUUAGGGCCUGGCCCAGUCACAUGGGUUGUUGGGGGCCUGGGACCACAGGGUUCGUGUACUGGGGCUGCUUACAGCGGGCAUUCCCUGGGGAGAUGCUCAUGGCCACACUGAUGACCCGUGGGUCAAAUGGGGAGCUGGAGCCACAUACCAGGUACAGCCGUCACAUUCACUGGGACACCUGGGCCAGGGCAACACUGAGAUAGGUGGCUCCCACUGCUGCGGUGACACACCGGUAAGCCUUUGACUUGCCUGCCGCUCACCCUGACUUGGAGCCAGUCAGGGACCUUGUCCUCGGGAGCCCCAGGGCCAGGCCUUACAUCCAGCAUUCUCAGAUGCUUCUUUCAGAGCAGACACUAGAUGGUGCCACCAUUCCCCGGCAAAGCCUGGCAUGGGCCACACACCGUUCCUGCUUCCAGAUGGGGAGGCGGGAGCAGAGGGUGCUUCGUUAGCCAACUUUCGGCCUUCUUUCCACUGCACCAGAUCGGGGUAGGAGGCCUGGGAGACCUCCUCUGGUGGUGGGGGACUUCCGCUUCCCUGGCCCCACCACUGGCUACCUUUAAGCCUGUGUCCUCAUGGAGAGAAAAUAGUCCUACCCUUGCCUACCUCGAAGGACUGGUGUGAAGGGAGAGGAGUCAGUGGUAAACACACUCCCCGCCCCCCAGGAGCUUGUCUGGGGGAGGGGUAAGUGAGAAAUAUGAAAACAAUAGGAGAAAAACACUGGAGGUAGUGACUGGAGCAGAGACAUCCCUCCCUAUGCCUGAAGGGAGAGGGGCCGGAGGGUGGGUGAUCCCGGGGCAGGAGGAAAGAAUGUGUAAGGUGUCAGAAGGAGGAAUGCCUGGGACUUGGGCAGGUGGUCAGUUUGAUAAGGUCUGGAGGGGACCUGGAAGAGGAAGGGAGUUAAUACCAAUGCAGAGCAAGCCCCUACAAGUGCAGCAUGGGGACUGGAAAAGAAGCAAGAGGUGCCAGCUGGUGCCUGGGCCCAGGGUAGGCAUGGCACCCGCGAUCAGCAGAAGGCUUGUGGAGCUCAACGCCUGGCUCAGAAAUGAGGACUUGGGCUGUGGGAGGGAGUUUGGGGGAAACACCAAAGGUGGAAAAUCCCCAGCCCUGAGAUCUGUCCCUCUGCCCUCGUCUCCCAGGUCCCAGGUUCCCUGCCCUGCUUCAGCUCUGUGCUCGGACUGUUCCCCCACAAGCCUGCUACCUGCCUUCUCUCUGGGCCUCAGCACUCACUUGGGGCUAAUGCAGGAGCAUUACGUUAAUUAGUUAUUCAUUUAAUUUAACUUCACAUUUGGUCUCAAUUAAGCUUAAAGUGUUCUUCCUUAUAGAUGUUACAAUAGCACUUGUAAUUAAAAAGCAAUAACUCUUUGCAUUUCUCCUUUAGAGAGCCAUUGGGAGGCUGGGGUGGUGUGUGGUUGCGGGGGGGGGUGCGGGAAAGAAGUAAUGAAAAGAAAGGGAACCCUUGGCACUCUGAGGCUUUCAGCAAGACUGAAGUUGGGGGAAAGGAGACUCAACACAUCAUGGGUGUGGGGUGGGGGCCCUGGGGACCAGAGAGUCCUCCUGGAGAUAAGGGGGCAGUGAGGUGGGGAGGGUGGAAGGAAGGGAUCCUUAGACAUGGAGGGUGGGGCCUGAUAUUCUGUGGCUGGCAGAACAAUGCCCCCGCCCCCAAAGAUGCUCACAGCCUAAUUCCCCGGGCCCGUGAAUAUGUUAAGCGCAGAUGUGAUUAAGGACCAUGAGAUGGGGAGACUAUGCUGGAUUAUCAGGGUGCGCUCCUUAAUCAAAGAGGCAGGCAGGAGUGUCUGUUGUCGGAUUAGAAGAUGCUGGCUCUGAAGACAGAGAAGGGUAUACUGGUGCAGGAGUGUGGGCAGCCUCUAGACACUAGAAAAGGAAAGGAAAUGGGAUUCUCCCCGAGAGCCUCCAAAACCUUUAUAUUAGCCUCGUGAAACCUAUUUCAGAUUUCUGAUCUCCCAAACUGUACAAUAAUAAAUCUGUAUUCUUCGAAA